AUGGGAGUAACAGGUUUACUUCAACACUUGAAAGAAAUUCAAGAUUCAACCUCAUUAUCAAAGUAUAGGGGAAAAACAUUAGCUGUUGAUACUUACGGGUGGUUACAUAGAGGCUUGAUAUCGUGUGCACAAGAACUAUGUCAGGAUGUACCAACGAAGAAGUAUAUUAAUUCAGUAAUGAAGAAAAUAGAUAUGCUAAGACAUUUCGGAGUGGAGCCAUAUUUAGUAUUUGAUGGUGCUUAUUUACCAACAAAGGCUGAAACAGCAAAAGAAAGAAGAUUGAAGAGACAAGAAGCACAAGAAAAGGCUAAUCAGUUGAUUAAAGAUGGUAACAGAAAAUUGGCAUGGAAGGAGUUUAUGAAGGCGGCUGGAGUGACACCACAAAUGGCGAAAUCUAUCAUGGUAGAGUUAGACAUGAGAAAAGUCAAGUAUAUUGUCGCACCAUAUGAAGCAGAUCCACAAAUGGUCUAUUUGGAGAGGAUUGGUUUAGUUGAUGGUAUAUUAUCAGAGGAUUCUGAUUUACUCAUAUUUGGGUGUAAUCGGCUAAUUACCAAGUUGAAUGACUUUGGCGAGUGUAUUGAAAUAUGUAGAGAUAAUUUUUCCAAGGUUAAGAAAAUCCCAUAUUUGUCUAAUUACACUCAAGAACAAUUAAGACUUGUGGCAAUGCUUUCAGGCUGUGAUUAUACGAAGGGUAUUCCUGGAAUUGGUUUGAAGACAGCGUUCAACUUAGUCAAGAAGUUUAAUAAUUUAGAGAAGGUAUUGAUUGCAUUAAGAUCCGACGGUAAGAAAACACCUAUAGAUUUCGAGGACGAAGUUUACAAGGCCAAUUUGGCAUUUCAAUUUCAAAAAGUAUUUAAUCCCCUUACAGAAAAAUUAGAAACCUUAAAUUCGUAUCCAGAUGAUUUGAAAUUAGAUUUUGAAAUUCUAGAAGAAUGUUGCGGUAAGACAUUGAGUGAAACGAUACACGCCCAAAUUUGUACUGGUAAGAUACACCCAAAUACACUUGAGAUUCUCGUAUCUAGGGAGCAGAGUUUAUCUAAUUUGAAAGGCGGUUCGAUAAAUUUAGGUUCUCAAAAGUCAUCAAUACCUUCGAACAUGGCAAGUAGAAGUAAAUCAGCUACGAUUGUCCCGGAACGCCCAAAGACUGGUGCCAUUGAUUCAUUUUUCAGCACUGUAAAGUCCACUAGAGAAAUGAGUAUCCAUACUGAAACGCCUAGUAAGAGAAUGCGACUUCAAGCUCCCAAGGAAAAAGUUUCCCCAACUACUAGAAAGAUAAAGCGGAUUGCUAACGAAAGCGAUAGUGUUACUUUCGUGUCCCCAAAAGGCAAAAUUAGUAAAUUCUUUGGAAAUGUUGACAAAACUCCUGUUCUGAAUCAUUUACCUACUCCAAUUUCAACUAAACAAGCUCCGUGGGAUUCAAGUAUUAUUUCGGGCGAUUCAGAUAUACCUGAUGAAUUUUCAUCUCCUGUGAAUCAUAUUCGUGGUUCCCAAUGCGCGACUAAUAAUAUUACAGAUGGUCUUACAGAUAAUGAUUUCAGUGAUGAUGAAGUUAAAGAUUUGGAAUCGCAAACUCCAGAUUCAUCAUCUUCAUUAAAAAAUUCGAAUACCAGCCUAGAGUUUGGAAUCGACGAAGAGGACGAUAUAAUAGAAGAAUCACCAAUUAAGUCCAUUCCUACAAAUGACAAGCUUCGUGACUUUGCCAAAGUAUUGCGUGAAAAAUACCUGUUGAAUUCUAGUACAAAUAUUGAUUACAAUCCCCAAGACAAACCAAGUCAUUUAAAAAAUACAAAACCAUUAGCUCCAUCUGACUUGAAUAUAAGAUCAGUACCGCUUCAGUCGCAGGGCAAGGAACGUCAGUACAUGAACCACUACCAAGAAAAUAUUAGAUCUCAGGAGGAAGUGAAGGAGAAUAUAUUGCAAAUUAACAAGAAAGAAGCAUGUCAAGUUGGGACAGCAAACAUUCAAGUUAAUAUUGAAAAGAAACAAAGCAUCAGCCUACAAAGAUUUGCUUUUCGUGGCUAA